AUGCUUGAAUCUGAAUUGUUCAAUAGCUACUCAGAUGUGACCAUAAAUAAAUUAGUGACAAAACACCCAUCAUAUUCUUCAUUUCAUGUGCGCCUGCCUGCGGAGAAGCUUGAUGAAGUCCUCAAACCUACAUUCUGGCCUGAUGGCGUAAUGGUCAAACGAUUUUGGGGUCGUCUUACGCCCGAGAUGAUUCUAAGCGACACUCCAAAAAACUAA